UCAGUCUUAGGCUUCUUCCCGCCCACCGCGCCAACCCAUUGGGCGGGUGGAGCCGCCCCUCAGCGGGAGUGGUUAGGCAGGCUGUCGAUCUCCGCCCGUAGCCACGCCUGCUCCCCGUCUCCGCCGCGCGGCAGGCAGGUUAGGUUGCCAUCGUCAGCCGAGGUUUGUGUGAAGUGCCUGCGCCCCUCAGACAAGAUGAGCGAUCAGGAGCCCACCGCCGAGGACAUUGCUUCUGGAAAGUCAGAGAGCCGGGCGGGAGGAGGAGGAGGCGGAUUCGUACAGAAGGGGCAGGACUCCCAGCCUUCUCCCUUGGCUUUGUUGGCAGCCACGUGUAGUAGAAUUGAGCCUCCUGAAAAUGGAAAUGGUGCGGGUCAGCAACAAGGUGCAACAGAACUGGAUUUGAGCACAGCCCAAUUAACACAGACGGCCAAUGGCUGGCAGAUCAUAUCUACAACUCCAUCCAAGGACCAAGCUGGAGAUGGCUCUUCAAAGAACCGUCCAAUAGCCCCUGGACAAUAUGUGGUAGCGGCUGCCCCAAAUAUGCAGAAUCAGCAGGUACUGGCCAGUCUUCAGGGUAUGAUGCCUAAUAUUCAGUACCAAGUUAUCCCCCAGUUCCAGACAGUGGAUGGGCAACAGCUGCAGUUCACCACCGCCCCUCAGGUCAGUGUCCAGCAAGAUGCCUCUGGACAGCUGCAGAUCAUCCCAGCCAGCAAUCAGCAAAUAAUUACUACCAACCGCACUGGUUCAGGAAACAUACUGGCUGCAAUGCCCAACCUUCUUCAGCAAGCGGUCCCCAUUCAGGGGAUGGGUCUAGCCAACAAUGUCCUUUCAGGGCAGACCCAGUACUUGACCAAUGUUCCAGUUGCUCUUAAUGGCAAUAUCACCCUUCUCCCUGUAAAUGCAGCUUCUCUGACACCCACGUCUCAGUCAGUCACACUGAGCAGUGGCAAUCAGGAUAACUCCCAGCCUGUUACUUCAUGUGUUAGCUCUUCACAGCUGGUCACCUCACAAGCCAAUGCUUAUUUUACAAAUGCCAAUAGUUACUCCACCUGCACCACUGCCAGCGGUAUGAAUCUCUUGAACUGUAGCAGUGGAAGCAGCACCCCCAUUCAGAGGUCCAGCGGUCAGCUCACCUUGGUCACUGACUCCAUCCAGCAGACCAGUGCCAACAUGCAACAGGGCCAACAAAAAGAUGGUGACCAGUCUCAGCAGCAACAACAGCAGCAAAUUCUCAUUCAACCGCAGAUUGUUCAGGGUGGACAGACUAUCCAGACUUUACAAGCUGCACAGCUCUCUGGUCAAUCCUUCAGUGCACAAGCCAUCUCGCAAGACGCCCUACAGAACCUUCAGUUCCAAACUCUGCCUAACACUGGCCCAAUCAUAAUCCGUACUCCUACAGUGGGUCCCAACGGGCAGGUUACUUGGCAAACUAUCCAACUUCAAAACCUACAGGUUCAAAAUCCUCAAACUCAGACAAUCACUCUUGCUCCCAUGCAAGGUGUAUCCCUGGGGCAGUCUGGCAAUGCUGGAACAGUGACCGUCAAUGCUGCUCAACUUUCAUCAAUGUCUGGCCUACAGACCAUUAACCUAGGUGCCUUAGGAGCCUCUGGAAUACAAGUACACCAGCUUCAGGGGGUUCCUCUGACCAUAACUAAUGCAUCUGGUGAUGGAAGUGGCCACCUAAGCAUUCAUACUGCUGGUGCUGAUGGGCUACACGAGGAUCAUUCUGCCAUGGAGGAGGGUGAAACAAGCCCAGAUCCUCAACCCCAACCUGGACGGAGAAUGCGUAGAGAGGCCUGUACUUGUCCUUACUGUAAAGACAGUGAGGGAAGGAGUUCAAGUGACCCAGGGAAGAAAAAGCAACAUAUCUGUCAUAUCCCAGGCUGUGGCAAAGUCUAUGGAAAGACAUCCCAUCUGAGGGCUCAUUUACGUUGGCAUACAGGGGAAAGACCUUUUGUCUGCACCUGGGUAUUCUGCGGAAAACGCUUUACCCGGAGUGAUGAACUACAGAGGCACAAGCGUACCCACACUGGUGAGAAGAAAUUUGUGUGUCCGGAGUGUCCAAAGCGCUUCAUGAGAAGUGAUCAUUUGUCGAAGCACAUAAAGACACAUCAAAACAAGAAGAGCCAGCCCGGACCAAUAGCCCUGACUACAGUUCCAAUGGAAACAGGGACAGGCUCUGAUGGAAGUGCUGCCUCCACUCCCACCCCUCAGGCCCUCAUCACCACCAAUAUGGUAGCCAUGGAGGCAAUAUCGCCCGAAGGCAUUGCCCGUCUCGCCAGCAGCGGCAUAAACGUCAUGCAAGUGGCAGACCUGCAGUCAAUCAAUAUCAGCGGCAAUGGCUUCUGAGGGGCCUUGUUCGGGCAGGACUGUAAAUAAUUGGGAAAAAUGUGUUUAGUUAUUGGAGUCUGGGCUGUAAAAGAAUGAUGGGUCCAAAAGUGUCAAACGUCUGUUGUGACUUGGAAGUUUGUGCCAACUUCUCCUCCCAGCUUUGAUGCGGGGAGACUCGCCCUCUGUAGCAAUUUUCAGUGCCCCCCCCCCCCCCUCCCCCUCCAUUCUCAUUGAUUAACAAUAUAUUACAGAUCUCUACAGGGCUUCCUGUUUGGACGGAAGGUAACCAUGUAUGUGUUGAAAUGGGAAACGAACCUCCAGUUAUUAAACCUUGACCUGGUUGAGGCAGAGUGGAUUUGAGCUUUAACCCGCUUGAUAUAAAGGCUAAUGAUACCCGCCUUCUGAAGGAGAGCCAGCAGCUAGCCACUGUAAAGCCUCUGACUCUGUUAGGGUGAAGGUGUUUGCCAGGACUUAUCUAUUCUUCCUUUUUUAUUAUAAAUAUAUAUAUAUAAUAAAUAUUUCUAUUUUCUUAUAUUUUCAGAAACAGAGGAGAACCUAAGGUACACCAGUAAACGUUGAACCUUUAUAAUUAUUGUCAAAGCAAUACAUUUUUAACAAGACACACACAUAUAAUAUAUAGAGGAUAUUAAAACAUGAAAGACAAAAAUGCCAAAAAUUGUGACGUUAUAACAAGUGCUUAGACCAAAAUGUUCUCUGGUCUCUCUGCAUAGCCUUAUCUUGUCAUUUACUUUAUUUUUAUUUUAUUUUUUUUGGCUAAUCUGUAAUCUGAAUGGAUUGAGUUGUUUGUUGAAUUUUCAGGCAUUUUGUGGGCUUCUGUAUACAUUUUCUCUCUCAUACCCUUUUCUUCAUUAACUGUCACAUUGCCAUUGAGCAGCAGAAAUAAUGGCGAUCAUCUUGUCUUGAUCUGGCAUGCACGCCACAAUGGAAGCAGUCUGCCAUAUGUAGAAGCUAUCGUUAACUGUAGUGGGUUGGUCAUGAUUCUGCCAUAAAAAGUGGAAAUACCAAGUGGUGCAAGCAAUAAGUGUUUUGUAUCCAGUCAUGUAUUGUAGAUUUAUCAGUGCUGUAUGAAGAAUUUGGAGGCUAAAUAUGAAAUGGAGCUGCUAAUCUAUUCGUUCUGUUCUGCAUAUUUGGUUUCCUGACAUCAUUUGGUCCAGUCAGACCUCCCAUGGAGCAAUGAAAUCCCCUGGGUGAUAAUGCACCAGACUAGUGAGUUCUUGUUGCCACAUUCUGACUCGUCUUAGUUGUGGGGUUUUAAGUGUUCAUUUAUGUUCCUUUUCUGGCCGGAGGAAGAGGAGUCAUGCCGUCUACUGAGCACAGUGUCUCUGAAUGUGGAGAGGAAUUUUAGGUUCCUGACAUGGACUGUUCUCUUCGGUGUUAUGUCGUGUCCCCUUUGCUCAUCUUCUGGCCCAUUUUGUAAAUGUUAGUGGAGAGGUUUGUUUUUGUUUUUUUAGGUACUUGUAUACUUACCUUUUUUUUAUUUUUUUUUGAAAAUUGUAUUUGGGGGGGCUUCCACCUGCAUAUUUUAUAGAGCUAUAUUCAUGCAGCCUACACACAAAACUAAAAUGUAUUUUUAUACAGUGGUUUGUCCCCUCAGGGCAUCUUGUAUUCUGCUCCUAAAAGUAAAAGGUAGAGAUUUAUCAUCUUACUAGGGUGUAGAUGAAAUCCGCGCAUCUUGCUUUCAGUGGAGGACGUCACGUUGGAUACUAGGCUUUGUUGAGGUUUCUGUUCAGGUUGGAUGUGAGGGGAGAGCUGGUUACAUUUGAUGGAGAAGAUGUGUUUUCUCAAUGACUGUGCCUUAAUCUAUCAUUAUGUGGCUAGACCAUAAAUGAUUACUUUAUAAGGAAACCCACUCAAUCAGUUACGAGCUAUGCAUUACCGUAUGUCACGCAAUUAUUUUUAAAAUUGCCCCCCCCCCCCCUAAUUCCAAUGUUGUCAUGUCUCAUGCAUUGUACUUGAUUUCCUGCAUCGUUACCUAUGUACUAACUAGUAGUUUUAUUUUUUAAAACCUAUAAAUUCUGUGACCUCUCUAUUAUUUCUUGUAAAUAAAUGACUUCUUUCUAUUUCUGUCAAAAAGGCUCCAAGUUUGUUUCAAUUUACCGUGCAGUAAGCGGAGUAUUCAGGAAAACCAGUGGACUUGCCAUUGUCUCUCCAGGUCAUGGCGUUUCGUGAACAGGCUCUCUUUUGCACCUUGCUUUUUGUCUGACUUAGCUGAUAUUCACAAGCCAAGUGUCUCUGCUUAUCCCAUAAUAACCCAAUGUCUAAUUGUUCGAGACCUGUCAUAAGGUCCUGGAAAGGCAGGAUUAUCAAAAACAGGUCUAGUCCCAAACCUGUUCAUGGGCUAUGUUACCGUUUUGGCUCCAUAAAUUUGAACCACUGCAGUCAUAGGUUUUCCAGAGGGAAAGAAAGUGGGGGACAUCCCAUGUAACAUUGAGUCCUAAUGAAUGGAUAAGCCUUAUUUGUCAUAUGAUGGACAAGCCCAUAUGUAGGGGCCGAGUGACGCGCUAUUGGGAGACCACGUGGCCAUCAAAUGAAAUGAUUGAUAUGACUAGUAUGUUAUAAGUGGACUAUAUAGCUGUUAAUACGGAUAACUUUCUAUGUGACGUGAUUUACUGUUUGUAGACGUUGCUGGAAAGUUGCUUGGCCACUGGAGAAACGACAGUACCGUAAUUGCAGUCCACUAAUGAAUAUUGUCUGGAAGAGGAGCGCUCCAUGGGUAAAUACAGGUCUACAUUUUGAUAUAGCACCUGCAUGAUUUCUAUGGAGCAGGUUCUCUGAAAAUGUGGAAGAUAAUUGGGGUUUCAAGCAUUACUUGUGCCAUCGAUGAUGAAAAGCAAGAUUUACUUGUGUGGUGUAAGUAGGAUGAUGUGGCUUCCAGUAAUAUUAUGUGCAGGUGUUGACUUGGCUCUUUGCAGGUGGGGUGGUCAUUGAAUAUGUUCAUCCCAACUUAUAGGAUGAGAUGCUUCGGUAAGAUUAUUUAUAUGUAAGGGUUGUUGGUUAUCUUUGGCACCUAGGGAGAUCACCCAAUGGCAGGAAUUGUAGAUAGUUUUGGUUUCCUUAAUGGUUUCCUUAUGUUUUUUAUUUUUGUACGUUGCAAAAUUUUUGUCCAAUCUGACUUCCAAGUCUUUUCUCUGGACAGUAUUUGUCAAGCCAUUAACUUUUCUAAAACCUCUGGGAAUGUAUAAACCGUGCCUAAAACUUUAACACUGGCAAUAAACUAAAGGCUAGACUAUAAUAAAACUUUUGUAUUUUUUUUUUUUAUCCUGGUGUUAUAGGGGAAGCAUUUUAAAACCAUCCUUUUGUACAAAGGUGACAAUUACUGUAGUUUAUAACUCAUUUGUAAACUUAAUUACAUUUUUGUUUUUAAUAAAGUCUCUUAAGAGCUCUGUCCGA